AUGAGCAGCAAGCGAAGAAAAAAGAGCGAUCCGCCUGAUGAGGAGAAGUCUAAGCGUCGCCGUUCACAGAAAAUUGCUGAGCCUACGCGACAGAAGACAGCUUCAGAUGACAGAACUGUCGAUCAGCCUGACAAGAAGAAGCCUAAGAGUCGACGUUCAAGCAGAACUGCCAAGUCUGCAGAGCAGAAGACAACCACAAACGGGAGAGUGCUCGUUCAUCCAUCGACGUGGUUCGAUCCUGCGGUGGCGAAAGAUCUCUGGAUGCCAGAUGCGGAUUCGUUGCAAGCGGUUGAGAAGAACUCGCAUCAUCCACCUCUGAGCAACUACGUGGGGAACGAUGCGUACACCGUCGUUCGAAGAUCUGCGGGAAGAUCUACGCGCGCUGGGAGAGUUAAGUGA